GGGCCAGCCUGCCCUGCCGGGAGGGGGUGGGCGCACGGGAGGAAGGAGGAAGCCGCCAUCUUGGAGCGUCGAGUCGCCAUAACAAGGCACCAAGGGGGAGCGAGAGGAUUUUAUACCUGGGCGAGAGGGGAGCGCGGCUGGUGGCGAUUGAACCAAGUGAAUUCUGAUAUAACUCAACUUUGUUAGAGGGCUUUUUUUUUUUUUUUAAAAAAGUUGAUCCACAGUGCAUCAGAGCAAGUUACUACUUUACUUUUGAGUGACUUACAGGUGCUUGCCUGCAUUGCAAUAAAGGACUCAUAUAUUGAGCAAGACUUAUUUAUCUCUUCGUUUUGGAGAGUCUAAUAAACUGUUAUUACAGUUUCUGUACUGACUUUCAAAGUUUUGAAGUCUAAAAAGACAUCUUUAAAAACAUGAGCACGGCCAGAACAGAGAACCCUGUUAUAAUGGGUCUAUCCAGUCAGAAUGGGCAGUUGAGAGGCCCUGUAAAACCCAGUGGGGGCCCAGGAGGUGGAGGCACACAAACUCAGCAACAGAUGAACCAGCUGAAAAACGCCAACACAAUCAAUAAUGGCACUCAACAGCAAGCGCAGAUUAUGACCACCACUAUUAAACCUGGUGAUGACUGGAAGAAGACUUUAAAACUCCCUCCAAAGGAUUUGAGAAUCAAAACUUCGGACGUGACCUCCACAAAAGGAAAUGAGUUUGAAGAUUACUGUUUGAAACGGGAGUUGCUGAUGGGAAUUUUUGAAAUGGGCUGGGAAAAACCAUCUCCUAUUCAGGAGGAGAGCAUCCCCAUUGCUUUAUCGGGUAGGGAUAUCUUGGCUAGAGCAAAAAAUGGAACAGGCAAGAGUGGAGCCUACCUCAUUCCUUUACUUGAACGGCUAGACUUAAAGAAGGACAAUAUACAAGCAAUGGUGAUUGUUCCCACCCGUGAACUAGCCCUGCAGGUCAGUCAAAUCUGUAUCCAAGUCAGCAAACACAUGGGAGGUGCCAAAGUGAUGGCAACAACGGGAGGAACCAAUCUGCGAGAUGACAUAAUGAGGCUUGAUGAUACAGUGCAUGUGGUGAUAGCUACCCCUGGGAGAAUUCUCGAUCUCAUCAAGAAAGGAGUAGCAAAAGUUGAGCAUGUCCAGAUGAUAGUAUUGGAUGAGGCAAAUAAGUUGCUGUCUCAAGAUUUUGUUCAAAUAAUGGAAGACAUUAUUCUCACGCUACCUAAAAACAGACAGAUUUUGCUCUACUCAGCCACUUUCCCUUUGAGUGUACAGAAGUUCAUGAAUUCCCAUUUACAGAAACCCUAUGAGAUUAAUCUGAUGGAGGAGCUGACCUUGAAGGGAGUUACCCAGUACUAUGCCUAUGUAACUGAACGUCAGAAAGUACACUGCCUAAAUACGCUAUUCUCCAGGCUUCAGAUUAACCAGUCGAUCAUUUUCUGCAACUCUUCUCAACGGGUUGAAUUGCUAGCCAAAAAGAUCUCCCAGCUGGGCUAUUCCUGCUUCUAUAUCCAUGCUAAAAUGAGGCAGGAGCACCGCAAUCGUGUGUUCCAUGAUUUCCGAAAUGGAUUAUGCCGCAAUCUUGUUUGCACUGAUCUGUUUACCCGAGGUAUUGAUAUCCAGGCUGUGAAUGUGGUGAUAAACUUUGAUUUCCCAAAGCUGGCAGAGACUUAUCUCCAUCGUAUUGGCAGAUCAGGUCGCUUUGGUCAUCUUGGCCUGGCCAUCAACUUGAUCACCUAUGAUGAUCGAUUCAACCUGAAAAGUAUUGAGGAGCAGUUGGGAACUGAAAUUAAGCCCAUACCAAGCAACAUUGACAAGAGCCUGUAUGUGGCAGAAUACCACAGUGAACCUGUAGAAGAUGAGAAACAGUAAGCAUGCUUUGAUUACACAAGCCAGAAGGUGAAGCCCUUUGAUCCAGAUCUGUGACACAUCGUUUCUUUGGGGAUACCCUUCUCUUUGUGGGUUUUUCUUCGUCUUUUCAUUUCGGAGCUAUGAAGACUAAAGAGCUCGGCCUUUUUUUAUUUUUAAAUUUGGCAGCAAGGAAGAAAGAAGAUAAAAGGAGGAAUGUCUUUUUGGUUUUCCACUUGUUUGCACUGUGUGCUGAUUGAACAUUAGUUGCACUAACUGCUGGUUUUAAAUUCUUUUGUCUUUGGGUGGGAGGGGCAGCAAGGGAAGAAGAGAAACCCUGGAAAGAGAAGAACCGCGAUGAACACGAGCUUGUCAGCUAUUUCAAAUUCUUCAACCGUCGACUGAGUGCAUUUCAACUUCUCCCUGGUUACUCAUCUGUUUUUAAGCUAAAGAGCUUGUUACUUAUUCGUGCAAAGUGCCUUAUGCUAUGAGACCAUUCAGAAUUUCACCUUUAUGACAGCCCAAGGAAUCAACAGCCGUUUUUGGUUUCAGGUCAAAGUUCCCCUGUCUUCCCCCUCUCCUCCUCCCCAAGUACUCAAGCCCAGGGCUGGGAGGUGAAUUGUAUUGGGAAUACUGCUUUUUUUUUUUUUCUUCAACUUUAUUUUAUUUUUUUUCUUUAAUUGGAGGAGUUGAUAUGCAUCUGCAGUUCACCCACACUGUAAAUACCUGUAUUUAAAACAAAACCAACUUAAAAUCUGGGCUGAUUAGGUGCAGCAUCAUAGCUCCAGAAGGAAAGAGUAGCCUGUCAUCCUUUGCAGGAGCCAUAAAAAAAGCCCUGUGCUCUAGUAGGAACACUACAGACUGGUUUCCAUAAGAGUCUCCAUUAGUAGUUAACAGCACUUGAUAAGUAGACUUGUUUCAGAGCCAUGGCCCUCUUUCCUCUGGUGCAGUGUGUCCCAUAGAAAAUCAGAUGUGUAUAUUGUACAAACUUUGUAAAUAUGUUUUUUUUUUUUCUUUUUCUGUUUGGGUUCAUAUAUAACUUUUUCUUUUGUGAUGAAGGUUGCUGGGGUUAAAGGGAUUAGACUGAUUAUGGGAGCAGCUUAUCGAUGAGAGGGGCUCAGUUUUCUGCAACACUAAACAAGGAGAAGCGCUCUGACCUCCAUGAAGAGCAGGCCUCUACAAGCGUCCCGCGUCUGGGUGGGUUUGCUCUGAUGCCAGCAAUGCUGUCCUGUACCGCUCAUAUGGAAGAGAUCACCUGUGGGGCUCCCAAGCCACCCGGUCUGUAGCUCAGCCUGCUGGGAGAUGCUCUUUGAUUUCCCCCUUGGAAACUUCUGGAACUUGACAAGCUCAGAAGGGGGCCGUGACCUGUGUUCCACCGUGGCAUGAGGGAAAUCCAGCAGUGUCAGCGUUGCUGUGCAGCAUGUGCGUAAGGCAUGGAUUUGGGUUUAAGAGAAACUGUAGAAAACCAAUUUACACAUGCAUAAACUGACAGUUCUGGAGCUUUGUGGGAUUGAUGACUUCCUGCAGCAUUGUGCAUUUUCUGCCCAGAGCGGCCUCUGUGCAGACUUGUGAGCAGGUAAGGGCAAACCCCUGUUAGUGUUAGAAGCUGCAGAAAGCUGCUUUCCAUCUCCUCUGUUUGGGCACGCAUCGCUGUCUGUCAUUUUGCAUUGUAUAUUGCUGACGAGUGCUUUCUGGUUGAGUAGUGUUGCUUUAAAUUGUGCCCCUCCCAACAUGCUUGAUGUUUGGCCUGAUCUACAGGCAAAAGGAGUGAGACAAAUCAGAAA